GUGUAGACAGACAGUAAGACAGACAGGUAAAUAGAAUUACGUUGAUUAGCUCCAUUUGACACAGACGCUGUGAAAUUUAUUUAGUAGCUGAAAGAAAACCUGUUUAAAGCUUUGUAAAGCUCGUAUAGCCAGUAAAUAGAUAGGUUGCGGCAGCGAUAAAAUCCCAUGUUUUAGCGGCAAAAGCUAUCAAGGUAUGCACGUGUUGAUAUUUAUCUACGAUUAAGGGAACAGUAAGCGACAUAUUCCAGUUUCAUAGUCACUAAUUUUUAAGUGAACAUUGUUUUUGUAAUGGGAAAAUAUUUUGAGAAGAAAACGCCAUCUGUUGUAUUACUAUCAGUUUAAUAUACAAAAUCUUUCAAGCUUUUAAUAACAUUUUAUUUUAAUUUAUAAACGCCGUAGUUGAUUUUAAAUCUUUAAAACAAAAAUGACAAAGAAAUUUGCUGGUGACAGACAAAAACCUCUUGACUACAAAAAAAAUUAUAUAGCUCGGCGUUGGAAAAUAUUCCUAAUGAGAGAAAUUGAAGAUGUAAGACAACCAACGUUUUGGCAAGCAGCAAUAGCGGAAUUUCUUGGAGUCACUUUACUUGUUUGUUUUGCAGUUGCUUCUGGAAUGAGUGAUAAGGAUUCCCCACCAAAUGGAUUGCUUUUUGCUUGUAUUUCAUCAGGCUUUUUUAUUGCGAUCAUCAUCGGAAGCUUGGUCCAUGUAAGUGGUGCUCACGUUAACCCCGCUGUCAGUUUAGCUUUCGCGAUAAUUGGUGAAAUUAGUUGGAUCCGUUGCAUAUUCUACUCUUUGACUCAAAUACUCGGCUCUGUUGCAGGAGCAGCAAUCAUACGUAUUGUUACGCCGUCAAAUAUGCAUCGAAAUUUCGGGGUUCUUACACCUGGUCCGGGUGUUUCCGAUUUACAAGCUAUGUUAAUGGAAAUGCUCAUCACAUUCGUGCUCAUCUUUGGUAUUUUGGCAGCCGUUGAUAAAGGCCGCAAAGACUCUAUCGGAUCUGUUCCACUACAUGUUGGUCUUAUAGUCUCAGUGAACUUGUUUGCCGCUAUCAAUAUAUCUGGUGGAGCAAUGAAUCCUUGUCGAGCGUUUGGUCCUGCUGUCAUCACUGGAAACUGGACUGCUCACUGGGCCUACUGGAUUGGUCCACUAACUGGCAGUAUCAUAGGGUCAGUAUUAUACGACAAGAUAUUCUCAACCAGAAAAACUGACAGCAUUUCCUACCAAUGUUGCCUGAGGAAACGAGACAAGAAUGAUGCCCCAUCUCGAAGCACUAGUGCCGAAGAAAUACCAAUGAAAAAUGAAAUAAUGACUGAUGUUGAUGCUGCAUGAUAAUCAGCGUUGCAUGAACACCAAAAAUGCUUUGUUGCUAACUUGGUAAACUUCAGUGCUCUUAACUCUCCUAACUGGAUUUUAUUCCUCCAUUCCAAUAAACCAACAGUUCCAAAUCUUUUUGUAUCACAACUCAUACUAGCAAAACAAAAUUUCUAUUUUCUUUUUUUUAUAUAUUUAAAUGUAAAAUAAAAAAAAAAAAAGCAAUUAUCCAAAAAUUUCAUAAAAUUAUUAUUUGAUACUUUUGCUAAAAUAUUCCUUACUUUCUGUUUGAGGUAAGUGCUGCAUUGUGAUUCUAAUGAUGCCAAUGGCUUGUUAACCCUUUCAUUACCAUAUUUCUGCUGAAAUAUAGAACUUUUCCUUCAAUUAAUUUUCUAAAUAAUUAAGAAUUUAGCACAAGAAUUUUGUCAUUAUUAAGCUUGGAACUUAAAUUAACAUAAAAUUUUUGAUGGAAGAUUUGAAUUUAGAUUGUUUUAUGAGAGGAUGCUUGUGUCCUAGAACCAGAGGUAGUUUCAGGUGGGUUGGUAACAAAAGGGUUAAAAAACACAUUUUCAUAGAACCUUUUGCAUUUCAUCAAAGACUUCAAAAACUGACUCUUUUUAGAAUUAUAUUGUGACCCAAUUUGAACUGCAACUCUUAUAUUUAGGAACCAUUGCAAUUACCAUUAGACCAGCUACUAAAACUGUUUACAUGACUACAUGAAGAAAAACUUAGGAAAUAUAAUUAACACUAUACAUGAUGCUUUCAUUUAGCAGAAAUUUAUUUGAUACGGAAAACUGGAAAAAUGUUAUUUUAUGUUUUUAAUUUUUAAUUUUCUUAUUUUUUUAAGAAAAUAUCUAAACAGAUGUCUUUAUAAAUAAUAAUGUUGAAGAUGAUAAUGAAAUUCUAUAAAUUGA